GCUCCGGCAGCCGGAAGUCCCGCCUGCCGAGUAGUCGUCGCUGCCGCCGCCGCCGCCUCCGUUGUUGUUGUGGUCGCUUCUCCGAAGUCCGCGGCUCCGAGAGCCGCCUCCGUCGCCUCCUGCCGCCAUGAAGUGGAUGUUUAAGGAGGACCACUCGCUGGAACACAGAUGCGUGGAAUCCGCGAAGAUCAGAGCGAAGUACCCCGACCGGGUUCCGGUGAUUGUGGAAAAAGUCUCAGGCUCUCAGAUUGUUGACAUUGACAAAAGGAAGUACUUGGUUCCCUCUGACAUCACUGUGGCCCAGUUCAUGUGGAUCAUCAGGAAAAGGAUCCAGCUUCCUUCUGAGAAGGCCAUCUUCCUGUUUGUGGACAAGACAGUCCCACAGUCCAGCCUAACUAUGGGACAGCUUUACGAGAAGGAAAAAGAUGAAGAUGGAUUCUUGUAUGUGGCCUACAGCGGAGAGAACACUUUUGGCUUCUGAGGGCCAGUGCUUGCUAGGUGCACCGUUCCUGCUUGUGUAUCUUGUAAAUAACUGGCUGUUUUCAGUUCCUCUACCAGAGCCUCUUUCACAUAGACCUACUAGUGCAUUUGUAACUGGAUUUAUUUCUUAAUAUAUUGGAAGGUUUUGUUUUCUUAGAUUAGUAAAUUAUACAGAGUUUUAUUUUCAGUUUUCUUUCUGUGCACUGUCCUCAUGGCUAUAUGCUCCAGGGAACCCGUCCUCUGGGAAUCCUAUUUAAUGAAGAUGUUUCCAUAAUGAAGGGAGGUAGGUGUGGUACUCAAGUGAAAAGGAGGGGGUGAUGAUGCAUUGUUCUGGAUUAUGUUCCAAGUGUUAGAUAGCUAAGUAUUAAAAGCACCCAAAUUAAAUCCUUAGCAAUCAGAACACACUUGCUUCACUAGAUUUUGCCAACUGCAAAUCAUGUUGGACUGAGCUAAUCUGUUCUUCUUUCUGAGACUAUUAAGGUAAAUAAUUAACAAUAAAACUUACUCUUAUAAAGGCA